AUGGCUCGGUGGUUUCUCUCCUUCAUCGCCGGAAGCGCCCUCGCGGCUGCUUCUGGUCUUCCUAUGAAGCUCGAGACACGAAGCGCAGUCACUUCCCGUGUUUCCAACAUCCACAUCACCAUCGAGGAGCCCGUCGAAGAGACCGUGACCUUCACCUACGGCUCGUGCCGGGGUGUCUCGCUGGACGAUGCUCAUCACACCAUCGUCAAGUCCGAGGUCCGCGACUCUCAGCGUCUCGUCUGGGUUCUCCCUGAAGAUGCCUCGUCUGAUGGAUGUAUCUCAGCAUGGGGUACGUCUGGCAAGCUGUUGGGCCGAAGUGAGCCUCAGACGCUGCAUCACAACUGGAAGCGUCGUGUUCAGAAGAGAUCCAUCCACAUGGGCAACGACACCGGCAUCGACACUCUUGGAGCCUGGUUCGAGGGUGUCAACCUCCUCAAGGACAAGGAGCCCGCCGCCGUCGAUGUCGACGCCGCCAAGUCGAAGCAGGUCGCCAUCGUCGGCGCCGGCAUGGCGGGACUGAUGAGCUACCUCGUCCUCUCCCAAGCUGGCAUGACCAACAUCAGCAUCAUUGAGGCUGGACAACGUCUCGGCGGCCGCGUUCACACCGAGUACCUCAGCGGCGGCCCCUUCGACUACUCAUAUCAGGAGAUGGGUCCCAUGCGCUUCCCGGAGCACUACGUCGACCCCAAAACCAACACGACCUACAACAUCACCGACCACCAACUCGUCUUCCAGCUCGCCGCCGAGAUGAACGAUCUCAACAACCACGACAAGAACCUGAGCGUAGACUUCAUCCCUUGGAUCCAGAGUAACCGGAACGGUCUGUCAUACAAGAACGGCAUCAAACUCGCCAACGGCCUGCCGCCGACCCUCGCCCAGAUCGCCGCCAACUCAUCUCUUGCUGUUGCCAGCGUCCUUGACGACUCCACCAACGCCCUGUCCGAGGAGCUGGACCAGUACCUCCCCGGCAGCGACUUCUCGGUUCGCAUGGCCCAAAACAUGUUCAAGGCCCACCGCGAGUUCCUCGACUCGGGUCUCCAAGGCCUCGGAGGGGACGUUUGGUCCGAGUAUGCCUUCAUGGUGAACUACCUCAAGGGCUCCCUCAACUCGACCGACGCUCUCGGCAGCUACUCGGCCACUUCUUUCUGGGACACUCUCUACGAGGGCAUGUACUUCCAGGCCGCGACCUACAAGACUAUCGACGGCGGUCUCAGCCGUCUCCCUCAGGCCUUCCACCCCCUCGUCGACGACGUCACCACGAUGAACCGCAAGAUCGAGCGCGUGCAGUUCGACACGGAGAACUCCCGCGUCAACCUCGAAUGGCGCGAGUCCUUCAAGAACCAGACCUUCGAGAGCGCCUCGUACGAUUACGCCCUCCUGGCGGUUCCCUUCUCCAUCAUCCGCAAGUGGCGCCUCCCCUCGCUGCCCCUGACCAUCUCCAACGCCAUCAAAGAGCUGCCAUACACCAGCGCCUGCAAGGUUGCCCUCGAGUUCUCGGAGCGGUUCUGGGAGCACUACGAAAACCCCAUCGUCGGCGGCUGCAGCACCACCUCGGACAUCCCCGGCAUCGGCUCCACUUGCUACCCCUCGUACAACAUCAACGGCACCGGCCCGGCCACGAUGCUGGCGUCGUACAUUUCGGGCGACUGGGGCCACCGGUGGGCCUCCGUCUCGGAGGAGGAGCACGUCCAGUACGUGCUCGACGCCAUGGUCGAGAUCCACGGCGAGAACACGAGGGAUCUGUACACGGGCAAGUACAACCGUCGCUGCUGGGUCCUCGACCCGCUCGCGAGCGGCAGCUGGGUGAGCCCCGUCGCCGGCCAGCACCAGCUUUACAUCCCCGAGUACUUCAAGACGUACAACAACAUGAUCUUCAUUGGAGAGCACACCUCCUACACACACGCCUGGAUCUCUUCGGCUCUUGACUCGGGCAUCCGCGGCGCCGUUCAGCUGCUCCUCGAGCUUGGGCUCGUGGACGAGGCCAAGGCUGCCGUGAACAAGUGGAUGGCCAGGUGGAUCGACAUUUGA